CUGCAAUGCAAGAAGUUGCCUGGCAUUCUUCGAUGCCUUAUUACUAGCCGCUGACAAUCCUUGAAUGAGCAUGAUCUAUGAGUUUCUCGGGAACCCACUUGUGGAGUGAUUCUUGGGAUCUCGAGUCAUCUGUUGUCUCUCUUUUCUCAAGAAAUCAUGGGCUUAUUUUUUUUUUUAUUUGUUCCCUUAUGGCUUGUCGGGAUGUCUCCAUUCUUCAAGGUGAAAUUCAACUAUGGGAAUGCCGGUUCUUUGACUUUCUUGGUUUUCUAUUGGUAUGAGAUAGUCUGCCCUUAUCCCAGAUGCAAGUCCCUCACAGCAUCCAUCAGCAAUAUUUGCUCGUACUCAUAUAACUGCCUCUUUCAAUAUCUGCUAUUCUGAAUUGGGAACUGCGGGUCUUGUUUGUGUCCUUUGUCCUGAUCAAUGUUUUCAUGACAUAAGGUCCAAUUGCGUCCUCCAGGGCCCUUGACUGUGGUAACCGUUUUACUUAUAUCAUUCCCCCUCCCCACAAACAUAUCACCGACGCGUCGUAUUCCUUGUCGACCUAACCUGGAAAAGUCUAGCCAUUUCUCCAGUUAGCAGGCUCUCUUACGUAUAGUUUGCUUUGGGGCAAACUAUGCACGACGAGAAUAUUGCGAUGAGGGCCUGCGAUUCUUCUUGCGUCAUGAGCAGCCCCUGCUCUUCUAUUGGGGCCGUGUCUCCUCAUGGGUCUCCGGAUACCAAGCUUACUGCGUUUUCUCCUGAGGACGUACGGUCCAGGGGUCGCGAUUCCAGCUUAUGUGUCCGGCUUAGCGAUGACAAGUUUUGUGGAGUCUACUCGCUGUCUGCCUCUGACCCGUUUCUGGUCCAAACAAGCGCGUCUAGCCGGAUGCAACUUUCUCCAACUGCAGAAAGCUUCACGCCUGUUGGUACAGCUGGCGGUGCUCCCAGUGGAAGUCCGACACUUUCUAUGACCCAUGGCCGGUCUGGGAUUGGCUAUCUAACUGCUGGUUCUUUCUCGGAUACCAAUGGGCUAGUAAAUGUAUCCAAGAAGUUCUCUGAACAAAAUCCAGUAGAUACUGGGUGCAUCGGAAAGUCUCAGCCCUUGAGGGAUCCUGUUCCUUCUACUGCAACUGCGGAGCACCUUGAUUCUGAAAGACGAAGCCGCGCGUUCGUGAUUGAGAAAGUCCCGGCAACUCUCUCUUAUAUGGCCCUGGCUGGGUUUUUCAACCGCCGUGAGUUUGGCACACUCAAAGGGCCUGUUCUCACUGAACUUAGUUCCUUGGGAAAGGUGUAUGUCGCAUUUACCGACAGCCGUGAGGCAAAAGGUGCAAUGGAAAAGGUUUGCUUUCUUCAUCCUGAAUGGCGUGUCGUUCCCAUUACCGCCAGGGAAUAUGUACAGCAUUCUGAGCCAUCUCUCUUGUCCCAAACCUCGGACUUUGAGGGCCAGUUACUCGUGUCCGUCUACUAUGAUGGUCGUAACCCGCGACUGAAUCAGCACACCGUGGCUCACUCACUUGAGACUCUUGUUACAACCUUUGGUGACGUCAAGUCGCUAAAUCACCUGCCCAGUGGACAGGGAAACGUUAGCGAGUUUCAUAUUGAAUUUUUUGACACUCGUGACGCAGAGAAUGCGAUGACUACUCUCAAUGGUACUUCGGUUGAUAAUUGUCUCCUUGAGGUUACGCUGUUUAGACCGGAUAUAGACGACAAACCUCAAGCUAAAUUUACAGGCUGCUCUCCCGGAAAGGAGAUUUAUUCUCGUAAUGAAACUCCGUACCGCAAGCAUUAUUCCUGGACUUCAAGUCGGCCGAUCCGCAGCCCCUAUAUGGAGCUUAGCCCUACUGGUCGCUCUACAAUUCCUUCUGGCGAGCGUGCUACUCUCAUGGACUGGAUGUCUACAGCUGAUAACAGGUUAUUGUCGUCACCACACCACUACGCCGAUCUAAGGUCCAAUAAUCAGAAUUCUGUCGAUAUUGAACGGAUUCGACUUGGUCUCGAUGUCCGCACUACGAUCAUGCUGCGUAAUAUCCCAAAUAAGAUUGAUCAGGCAAUGCUAAAGGCGAUUGUGGAUGAGACGAGCCAUGGAAAAUACGAUUUCAUGUACUUGCGCAUUGAUUUUGCGAACAACUGCAACGUCGGUUAUGCUUUUAUCAACUUUGAAGAUCCGAUCGACAUAAUAGAUUUUGUCAAUGCUCGAGCGGGGCGCAGUUGGAACUGCUUCAAUAGUGACAAAGUCGCCGAGGUAUCAUAUGCAACAAUCCAAGGGAAAGAUUGCUUGGUACAGAAGUUUCGUAAUAGCUCUGUUAUGUUAGAGCACCCAUCUUUUCGUCCCAAGAUUUUUCAUACUGGUACUGGCCCUCUUGCUGGUACUGAGGAUCGCUUCCCUGGUCCCGACAACCCAUCGAAAAUGCGUCGGAGCAUUGAAAAUGCAGAACACGUCGGGCUGUUUGCUCCUCGUGUCGGCCAGCAAUAUCGUGAUGAGCAACGACGCCGGCGCUCUCAGUUUGACCGAGGAACAAGUGCUGCUGAGCGUGAAAUAGUGUACGUCCGAACGUACACCCCACGGCGUUCUCAUGGUGUCAAUAAUGGUCUCAGAAGUGCUCCAUGCACCUACCCAGCCAUGGGAAUGUGGUACGACCGUUGUCCCACUUUAGAGAACGGGCCGAGAACUUCCUAG